GUGAAACCCUACGCUGCUGGGGUCAUGGACAGACAACCCCACGUUUUGGAAAGUAAGCAAAGGAUGGUGAGUGCUGGGCUAAGUAGGAGGUGAUGCUGAGAAGGAUUUGGAGCAAGCAUCACCUACUAUGUCUGGCGCCCCUUAGUGGCCCCUCGCCAGCUACUGUGCAUAUCUGAAGCUUCCCACCACCCCUCACAUACUGUUUCCCCCUGUACUGAUGAAGUUGGGGAGCAGGAGAAACAUAUGGUCGUGGCCUAUGUUCCGUGGUCCUGUUUGCUGGCUGCGACUGCUCCCAACCCAUCCCCUGUUCCUCCCUCAGCACGUGCCUCGGUCUUCUCCCCUGCACCUGACUCUCCUUGACCGUUCACCGCACUUGGCACGUGACUUUGGGUCCGCCCACGUCUGUACUUUGAAUUGGUUUGCUGGAGGCCCAGGCCACAACCUUGGGAAGGAGAGCACUGCCCUGCAAGAGGGUUGGCUAAAGCGCUGUGUGCAGGAUGAUUCUCCCCAACUAGGAGGUCUGGUGCUUUUCAGUGGAAAAGGUGCUAGUGGUUGAAGUUGCUGAAUUGGAGCGGCAGUGAGUUGAACUCCCACUCAGUUCAGAGGAAUGGCUUCACUGGAGUCCCAAAAGCUUUUGAUUCUACUGUGGAAGAACUUUACUUUAAAGAAGCGGAAGUUUAGGGCUUUGGUUUUCGAAAUAAUCCUGAUGUUUGUAUGCAGUGGUAUACUUUUGGUAGCCCGCAAACUUCUUGCUAUAAAGAAGAUGGAAUCUUUCCAUUAUCCUGUUCAACUGGUCAGUAAUGUUCCUUCCUUCAUCCAAGUCUUCACCACUUAUUCUCAUCCUUGGGAACUGGCUUAUGUGCCUGCCAACAGCAUCGUGGUACAGAAUAUUAUUGAAAAUGUGAAAAGGGAUUUAAACGUCCAUAUGAAAGUUACAGGGUUUUCUUCAGAAAGUGAUUUUGAAGACUACAUGAGGUCAACUGUCAACUCUAAAAAUGUUCUGGCUGCCAUUGUGUUUGACCACAGCUUCACAAACAGUAAUGACCCCCUGUCAAAGAAGGUAAAAUACCACCUGCGUUUUAGUAAUAUUAAAAAGAACAGGAAGGCUAGCGCAUAUUUUCAAGGGCACAGCUGGUUUACAAGCUUUCUCUUUCCGCCUGGGCAUCUUGAGGGACCCAGAAACCUAUUUGAUGAAGAUGGAGGCAGUCCUGGGUACAUCAGUGAAGGGUUCCUGGCCAUGCAACACGCCUUAGACAAGGCCAUCAUGCUACAUCAUGGCGGUGCUGCUGCGACAGCACUCUUUAAUGACACCAGCCUUUUCAUUCAGAGAUUCCCAACCCCUGCUUUUCAUCAUGAUUUCUUCCAUAAACUUGCUAAUAUUUUCAUCCCUCUAACAGUGGCGUGUACCUUCUUUAUGAAUUAUCUUACCCUGGUUCAGUCCAUUGUGUGGGAAAAGGAAAACCAACUGAAGUAUGAACAGAUGACAUUCAAGCAAAAGCUGAUUUGGUCCUUCGACUACAAUGUUGGGAUGGCAUUUGGAUUUAAAUUCCUAAUCGAUGCAGAGACAAAGAAAACUGGAGUGAAAUGGAGUAACAUAUUCUCAUCAGCGGAUAAAGACAGCUUUUCAUUUGCCUACGUGCUAGGAAUGCUUUUAGUUGAUGCUUUCCUAUAUGCCCUUGUGGCCUGGUAUAUAGAAGCUGUCUUUCCAGGAGAGUACGGUGUGCCCAAGCCAUGGAACUUUUUCAUGAUGCGCUCCUACUGGUUUGGAGACACACCUCAAACAAAUCCUGAAAUCACCCAAUUUCAUGAGACAAUUCAAAGCAAGUAUUUUGAAACUGAACCAGCUGAUUUGAUGCCAGGCAUCCAGAUCAAACACCUGCACAAGGUAUUCCAAGAGAAUAACACCACCAAGAUAGCCAUUGAGGACUUGUCUUUGAACAUAUAUGAGGGACAGAUCACUGUUCUUCUAGGUCACAACGGGGCAGGAAAGUCCACAACUCUGUCCAUCCUCUCAGGUCUCUAUCCCCCAACCAGAGGAGAGGCCUAUGUUUACGGAUAUGACAUCUCACAGAAUAUGGCACAAAUCAGGAAAUCCUUGGGCUUGUGUCCUCAGCAGAACCUGUUGUUUGAUCACUUGACAGUAUCAGAACACCUUUAUUUCUACUGUAGGGUAAAAGGGGUACCUCAAAAGGUGUAUCUUGAGGAAACUAACAACAUGCUGUCAACUUUUAACCUGCUGGAAAAACAUGACGCAUUUUCGAAGUCACUGAGUGGAGGAAUGAAGCGCAAACUCGCCAUCAUUAUAGCACUGAUAGGGGGCUCCAAGGUGGUGAUACUUGAUGAGCCAACAUCCGGCAUGGACCCAGCCUCAAGGAGGGCCACCUGGGAUCGCCUUCAAGCCUAUAAACAGGACCGUAUCAUCCUGCUGACCACCCACUACAUGGACGAAGCUGAUGUGCUGGGAGAUCGCAUUGCUAUCAUGGUCCAGGGAACCUUGCGGUGCUGCGGCUCUUCUGUCUUCCUGAAAAGACAAUAUGGUAUUGGAUACCACGUAGUCAUGGUGAAGGAACCUCACUGUGACACUGAUGAAAUCUCAAAACUGAUCCAUGACUAUGCAUCAACAGCCACUCUGAAGACUAAUGUUGGAAAUGAGUUAUCUUUUAUUCUACCUCUAGAAUAUACUCAGAGGGUCAGUCACAUGCAAGAUAUCCAAGCUACUCAGUCUCCCACAGUGGGAAGCAAAGAGAACAAAAAUAAGGGUGUUCCAAGAAGCACGAGGGGAGGCUUUCCCACCCAGAGUGAAGACCCGCCCACCGUGUUAAACACUGGGUGUUCCCUCUACUGUCAGCAGUUCCACGCCAUGUUCAUAAAGAGGAUGAUGUACAAUUGGCGAAACUGGAAUAUACUUUUGGUGCAGAUACUGGGACUUGUCAUCUCUGCUCUCUUUCUCCUGAAGUCUCAUGACCUUAGUUAUGAAGAUGAGAAAACAAGGCUAAUGAAUUUGGAUGAAUAUGGUCAAACUAUUGUGCCUUUUUCUACUUCUGGGAAAUCUAAUUUGAUGACAAGUCUCUUAACACACCUUGAGAAUAUGCUAAAACCUGGCAACCACAAGCUUAAGGAAGUACAAGGUGACCUACUCAAAUACUUGGAGAGAAAUGAAGAAUGCAUCCAUUCAUGUAUUAUUGCACUUUCUAUGGAGGUGGUUGCAAAUAGAACAGAGCUUACUGUUCUGUUCAACAAUGAAGCUUACCAUUCACCAUCUCUGUCCCUGGCAGUUUUAGACAACAUUCUUUUCAUGUCACUUUCUGGUGCUGAUGCUUCCAUAACGGUCUCCAAUAAACCUCAGCCAUACAAUCAGGCUAAGAAAAGUCUAGGAAGUAUAGAAGGAAAGGUGGUUGCCUUAAAAAUCCAGCUGGGCAUGGCUCUUUUGGUCAGUGGCUUUUGCCUCCUGACAGUGACUGAAAGAACCACCAAGGCAAAGCACAUGCAGUUUCUGAGUGGGGUCCCUGUCCUUGUGUACUGGCUUUCUGCUCUCAUGUUUGACUUCAUCAUCUUCUUCAUUUCUUGCUGCCUACUACUGGUUGUGUUCAAAUACUGCAAAAUUGAUAUUUAUGUUACAGACUACCACAUUCUGGAAACAAUGCUGAUCCUCACACUGUUUGGAUGGUCUGCCAUUCCCCUCACAUACCUGAUGAGCUUCCUGUUUUCUAAAAGCACCUCUGCCUAUAUCAAGCUUAUCAUGUUCAAUUAUGUCUCUGGCAUUUUCAGUAUCUUGAUAGAUACUGUAUUAGUAUCCCAAUUACCAACCACCAUGUCUAACACCACCAAAACCUUCCUGCUCAACGCACUGCUGCUCUUUCCCACAUACAACCUUGGGAAGUGCAUUGGUGACUACACUGUCAUUUACCAGAGGAAAAUACAGUGCAUCCAGAAAAAGAAUGUCCCCAAAUACCUGAAUUGUAGCAAAGAAAGUAUUGAGAAGAAUAUUUAUUCUUUAAAGGAGCAUAUGAUCGGAAAGUAUUUAAUUGCUAUGAGCAUCACAGGCUUAGUUUUCCUUCUCUUUAUUUUCUUUUGGGAGAAUAUUGUUUGGAAAUUAAGAAUGCUUAUCCAUCAAUACAUUUACUUUGGUAUCUACAAGAAAUACAAGUCAGAUAUAAUUUCCAAGGAAUUAUCUGGGGAAUCUGAAGAUAAAGAUGUAGAAAAUGAGAGAAAGAAAAUUCUACACCAGCCUGAAGAGUUUCUGAAUUCCCCAGUUCUUAUUAAGGAGCUCACAAAGAUAUACUUUAAGUACCCAUUCAUUCUGGCUGUGAAAAAUAUUUCCUUUGCUGUCCAAGAGAGGGAGUGCUUUGGAUUACUUGGAUUCAAUGGAGCAGGUAAAACAACUACUUUCCAAAUUUUGACCGGAGAAAAAACUCCUACCACCGGAGAUGUGUUCAUUGAUGGCAUUAGCAUCAUCAAGAACAUCCUAAAGGUGAGGUCAAAAAUUGGCUAUUGUCCUCAAUUUGAUGCUCUGCUGGAAUACAUGACUGGUCGGGAAAUAAUGAUCAUGUAUGCAAGAAUUUGGGGAGUCCCUGAGCAUCAGAUUCAGUCCUAUGUGAACAAGUACUUGAACUCCUUGGAUCUGGAGCCCCAUUCCAACUAUCUUAUCAGCACCUACAGUGGAGGAAAUAAACGUAGGCUGAGCACUGCUAUUGCCACAAUGGGAAAGCCUUCAGUUAUCUUACUGGAUGAACCAUCAACUGGCAUGGACCCAAAAGCUAGACGCCUUCUCUGGGACACAGUAAUAAAGACUCGAGAAAGUGGAAAGGCCAUCAUUAUAACAUCCCACAGCAUGGAAGAAUGUGAAGCUCUCUGUACAAGGCUAUCCAUAAUGGUGAAAGGAAAGCUCACAUGCCUGGGUAGCCCUCAGUACCUCAAGAACAAGUUUGGUGAUAUUUAUAUUCUGAAGGCCAAGGUCAAGUCUGAGGAAACAGUAAAGGACUUUAAAAGUUUCAUCAGAUUGACAUUUCCAGGUAGUGACUUGAAGCAAGAGAAUCAAGGGAUCCUUAAUUACUACAUUCCAAGCAAGGACAACAGCUGGGGAAAGAUGUUUGGCAUUUUGGAGAAAGCAAAGGAACAAUUCAAUUUAGAAGAUUAUUCCAUCAGUCAAAUCACCCUGGACCAAGUCUUCCUGGCUUUUGCUAAUCAAGACAACACAGGAAAUGAUCAUGAGACAGAGGUGCCUUGAGAUUCAGUUACAACUGGUGAUUCUGAUACAUUUUUUUUUUGUACAUCAGCUGGGUAGAUGGGAAGGACAU